AUGAAUAAGAGUGUGUCCAUUAAUAGUGAACAUAAAAAAAAGAUUUUAAAAUUAUUUAGAAAUAUAUUAAGAGAAAGACUGGGAUUUCCAACUGAAAAUAGGAGAGAAUAUAUAUUAAUUAAAACAAGACAAGAAUUUAGAAAAGCGAAAAAUGAAACUGAUCCAAAGAAAUUAAGAGGUUUAACAAUUAUUGGAAAUACACAAUUAGAUACAGUUAUAGUUCAAGCGAAACAUCUUAGUUCAAUUUUAGAUAGAGAACCAACACAAUAUGAACAAAGAAAUAAUUUAUCAUAUGAAGAAUAUAAAAAAGAUAAAAGUACUGAAAAUGAUAAAACCUUAAAAAUAUUUCCAGAAUUUUUAAAUAAAAAGAAAAUAAAGAAAAAGAAAAACCCAGAAGACGAUAUAAAUUAA